AUUCUAUCUAUCUCUCUCUCUCUUUGUUUCACUCUCUCUCUCUCUCUCUCUCUCUCUCUCCUCCCAGUCCUUCAUAAACUCUUCAAGCUUUACGAGCAGCUGCAGGAGGAAUCAAACGCACACGUCCCUUCUCAGAGCUGCACUCUCUCUCUCCAUGCUGGAAUAAUGUGUGUGUCGUGUGUCAAGGUGUGUGUGUUGAUGUUUGUGUUGAUUGGGGGCGGUGUUGGACAGAGUUAUGGACCCUCAUGUUACGGUGGAUUUGACCUCUACUUCGUCCUGGAUAAGUCUGGAAGUGUUCAGCAUCACUGGAAUGAGAUUUAUUACUUUGUGGAUCAUCUGGCACACAAAUUCAUCAGUCCUAAGCUCCGGAUGUCCUUCAUCGUUUUUUCAACAGAGGGGAGAACCCUGAUGAAGCUCACAGAAGACAGGGAUCAGAUACGAGCAGGACUGGAGGAACUACAGAGAGUUUUACCAGGUGGAGACACUUUCAUGCACAAAGGCUUUGAGCGGGCGAGUGAGCAGAUCUACUAUGCAAGUGGUGAUGGUUAUCGAAUAGCGAGUGUUAUCAUCGCUCUGACAGAUGGAGAGUUACGUGAGACUCAGUUUGACUUGGCAGCGAGAGAGGCAGGACGCUCGCGUCAGCUUGGAGCAACAGUGUACUGCGUGGGAGUGAAGGACUUUAAUGAAACUCAGCUGGCUACAAUCGCAGGCAGUGAAGAUCAUGUUUUUCCUGUGAAUGAUGGAUUUGAGGCGCUGCAAGACAUCAUCGACUCAAUCCUGAAGAGAUCAUGCAUAGAAAUAUUGUCUGUUGAACCUUCGACUAUAUGUGCCGGAGAAUCCUUUCAGGUAGUGGUGAGGGGGAAUGGUUUCCUCCAUGCAAGAGAUGAGAGACGAGUGUUAUGCAGUUUCCGCAUCAAUGACACUUUCACCGUCAUGAAGAGGCCUCUGGCUGUGGAGGACACAUACUUGCUUUGUCCAGCUCCUGUGCUGAUGGAGGAGGGGACGUCUGCUUCUCUCUUCGUCAGUCUGAAUGAUGGCAUAAGUUUUAUCUCCAGCUCAGUCAGUAUUUCAGCACACGGCUGUGUGAAUACAGUCCAAACUCUCAGCACCUCCACUAGCGCAGAGCUCACCACUGCCGUCCUGCUGGACAAUAAUGUUCCUCCACCAUCAGUCUGCACAAUAGAUGGGACGGUGUUAGCCAUUGCUCUACUCAUCCUGCUGCUGUUGGUGAUUCUGAGCCUGAUUUGGUGGUUCUGGCCGCUCUGCUGUACUGUGGUUAUCCAUGACCCACCUCCACCUGUAAUAGAGGAGAGCUCGGAUGAAGAAGAAGAAGAAGACGGCUACCUAAAGAAAAAAUGGCCGACAGUGGACGCAUCAUAUUACGGAGGAAGAGGAGUAGGAGGCAUCAAACGCAUGGAGGUGCGGUGGGGUGAUAAGGGAUCGACGGAAGAGGGAGCAAAGCUUGAGAAAGCAAGGAAUGCUCGAGUAACGUUGCCUGAUGUGGAGUACGAGUUUGAGUUUACACCUUCACGCACUCUCAAUAACGGCAUGCGCAAACCCAUCUCCCCUCCCAAAUGGUACACACCCAUUAAGGGGAAGCUGGACGCUCUGUGUGUGUGGCUGAGGAGAGGAUAUGAUCGCGUUUCUGUGAUGAGGCCUAAACCCGGGGAAAAGGGUCGCUGUAUGAACUUCACCAGGGUGAAAUCGUACCCUCCUCCUCGUUAUCCACACAAAAACGCAGACAAGAACAAAGACAGCGCAGCGCACAUCUACAGUUUGCCCCUCAAUUCCACCCCACCUGCCCCAAAAUGCAAACUGCCUCCCACUCCAAACUGCAUUUACUCCACCCACUCUUCAUACCCCGACCACUUUUCCUACCCCUCCUACCCUUCUCACUCCCCCACCUCUUCUCUUCCUCCUCUCCCUUCUACUCCACCCCCUUCUGCCUGCACUCCGCCUCCAUACUCUCCUCCACCUACUAGAUCCCCACCCUCCCUCCUGCCCCCACCCGCUUCUCCACCCCCUUCUCCUUCUCCAAGUUUUCAGACUUCGACUACAAUACCAACUUCUUGUCUGGCUCCACCUCCUUACUUGGCUCCAUCCAUGCGAGCUCCUCCUCCAUCCCGCCCACCACCACGACCCUCUAUCUAAAGGAGAGAGGCUAAAGAACCGAGGCGGAAAUUGCGACCUGCGCUUCUUUCCUGUUUCAGAUGUGUCCACAUGAACAAUUUGACGUCAUAAUAUGAGUGGAGUCCACCAUUUUGAGAAGGCAACUGCAGCAAUGCAUUCUGGGUAUGUUAUGCUCCUGAUGACGGCAGGCAUGUAACUCAAUCUGAUAAUUGAACAGGAAGGAGGCGUAGAGUAAAUGGGAAGAUUUUUGGAAUCAUGAAAUAUUUCAUUCGCUUCCAAUCUUGAUCUGAUCCCUUUGGAAAACAAAUGACUGCAUGAUCAUGAUGUUUCUGGAAGUGUGGAACGGAGAGUGGAUUGGAACAAGGAAAUGUGGAACAUUUCCUAAUUAAGCAUUGAUGGAAUUUGGGGAAAUUUGGAUUCUAACUGCCAGCUAAUGAUGUCAUGGUGUUACAGCAGCUGACCAAUCAGCAGCUUCGCUUAAACGCAUACAAAGUAGAACUGCACACACAUUACAGUCUUUCGUCUAUCAUUUUCCUCUCCAUGCUUUUGAUUCCGGCCUUCAUGCCUUUUCUUUUCUUACGUUAUUUUCCUCCAUUCUUUCAGCACAGCCUUGUUUUUCUCCAUUCUGUCCCUGCAUUAUUUUAUCCCACCAUUUUUACUUUCAUUCCUUUCCCUUUAAUCCUGCCUUUUUUUAUCCCUCUAUACCAUUCUAUCAUUCUUCCAGUUGUCUUGCCCCUUCCUUCUUCCAUUCCUUCUCUUUCAUUCUUUCAUCCCUGCAUAAUUUUUUUUUCUUUACAUUUAUUUCUACCUUUCUUUCUUGCUCAAGAGCAACAGCAAUCCUCCACAUCCUUUUGUACUUGAGAAAUCACAGCCUUGGCUUUCUACUUUCAGCACAGUAGACGUGUGUUUGCACAAAUGCUUGCUUUAAAGUAAUAAAGAUGGGAGAGAAUGAUGUAAGCAUGAAAUGAGGUGUUGGGUGUUAAAUUUUGUAUAAAAUGGAGACUUUCAAUGUGUAUAUACAGCAGUAUCGUCUUUUGGACAGAAACGCAAUAAACGUUGGCAAAUUUUGCUUUUAGUUACUGAUAAUGUUACAUAAAGUAAUAUAAUCAUUAAUGAAUCAUUGCUGAUAUUUGAGUGGUCAUGUGAGAAAUUGCAGCGGUCGCGAGCAUAUUGUCAAAAUGGGCAAUUUUUCUUCCUUAUUUUGAGAACUUUCUAUCUGUAUUUUCUGGAUGUAAACUUUAUCUUGCUUGUGAAAAUACAAUUGUAGCUCUUUCUAUGUGAAGAUUUUUGGGCAUUAAUGUAACACAGAGCAUGUUUUGUACAUUCUAACUUAACCUGAUCACACAGUUCACCAUGUAACUGUACACAGCAAGUACAAUUUUUUAAAAUAAUAAAAUUA